AUGGCCUCGAUGGCUGCCAUCGACGAGAAACCCCCCGCGGAGCACCGCAUUGAGGAUGUGGCGGGUAAAUCUGCCAGCGAGAUCGAGGAUGAAUUCACCCCGGAAGAAAAGAAGAAGAUUAUUCGACGUAUCGAUUUGCGUUUGGUUACAAUGACAGGAUUGGCAUACUGCAUUUCGCUCAUGGACCGCACCAAUCUGAGCAUGGCUGCUGUUGCAGGCUUGAAACAAGAACUGAGCCUGGAAGUCGGGGAGCGCUAUUCCAUUAUUGUUUUGAUGUUUUUCGUGCCCUAUAUCCUGUUCCAACCGCCGAUGACGAUUAUUAUUCGCAAACUUGGACCCACAAUGUUCUUGUCGUCGAUUAUCAUUUGUUGGGCGGCGAUUAUGAUUGGAAUGGGUUUCGUCAAGGAUUGGGGCCAGCUGGUGGUCACUCGCGUCCUCCUGGGUUUGUUGGAGGCAGGAUAUUUCCCUGGCUGCGUCUAUCUGCUCUCAUGCUGGUACACUCGAUUCGAUGUUCAGAAACGCUUUUCGAUUUUCUACCUCAUCGGCUGCGUCGCCUCUGCGUUGGCGGGUAUUCUAGCAUUUGGUUUGAUGCAAUUGAAUGGCAAACAUGGGCUGUCAGGCUGGAGAUGGAUCUUCAUCUUGGAAGGAGUCAUCACCGGAUUCAUUGGAAUUCUCUGUUUCUUCUUCCUCGUCGACUUCCCCGACCGUGCACACAAGUCGCGGGGUUUCCUCAACGAGCGGGAAUGCCAGUUCAUCAUCCGCCGGAUCAACGAGGAUCGCAAUGACGGUGACAUGGAAGCAUUCUCCCUGAAGAAGUUCCUAAAGCCCGGCCUCGAUCCUAAAAUCUGGGGCUUCGCCAUGAUCUUCUUCUGUAUCACCACGGUUACCUACGCAAUUGCCUAUUUCCUUCCCAUCAUCCUGCGCUUGGGCAUGGGAUACGGAGUCGGAGAAUCACAAUGUCUUGUCGCGCCACCAUACGGAUUUGCCGGAAUUGUGAUGUAUGCGACCGCGUGGGUUGGUGAUAAGUACCGUAUGCGGGCGCCGAUCAUUAUUUUCAACUCAUUGCUGGCGAUCAUCGGUCUUCCCAUGAUGGGUUUUGCGAAAAGCGACGCGGUUCGCUAUGUGGGCGUGUUUUUCACCGUCGCCGGUGCCAAUGCGAAUAUUCCUGCUUGCAUGGCGUACCAGGCCAACAAUGUGCGUGGACAAUGGACGCGUGCCUUCUCCAGUGCGACUCUGGUGGGUUUCGGUGGGCUGGGUGGAAUUGUCAGUAGUUUGGUUUUCCGAGAGCAGGACGCGCCCGGUUAUGAGCCCGGCAUGUAUGCCGCUAUCGCGUAUGUCCCCCCUUGCUGUACUCCUUUGCUGUGCAUGUUUGUGAUUUCGAUGCUGACCGACAUUAGAUGUAACUUGCUGAUCAUCGUCAUUGCACUGGCUCUCAGUCUUUGGUUCCGGAUUAGCAACAAGCAGGCGGAUCGCGGGGAGCGGGUUAUUGAGGGCGAUGCCGCUUUCCGAUAUACUAUUUAA